CAAGAAGCUACGAACGUAACACGAGGACAUGACCUGACGCCAUGAGUGGCAGUUCCCCGUCGCCUGUGCCACACACCGCCCGGGGCCCACGCGAGUGGCCAUCCACCCGCGCUCAGGGCAGUGUGGUACAGUCGCCACGGCUCACGACACAGCAAGUGAUCUUCUGGCAAGUGUCAGGGGUGUCGCGACCGUUCCCUCAGAGCACCCCACCACCAAGUGGAGGCGAAACGUUGCGCUACUUGGGUACGGGCUAUCCUCCCAGACAGGUGCUGACGUCACGCAAAGGUGCCGUCAAUGGAGAGUUGCUGAGCUAUGUUCCAGAGGCGCGUUGGAGACCGCUCCCUGCCAAGGUGUUCAGUGUGCCAAAGGUGAUUUCAAGCUCAGAUCCGAAGCGUGGCAGUGCGAUCCUACGCAGCUUCAGUGGAUCGGUCGUGAGGGAGGCAGACGUGCGUAGACGGGAGCCUGAAAAUGCAAAAGCAGGCGCAACAGCCUCAAAGGAGGGACCAGCCGCUAGCACUGCUAGCACCCCAGCUGCAUCAACCGAAACACCACCAGUACUGGCCAAAGCUCCAGCAUCAGCACCAGUGGUGCAGGCAACCCCACCGGCGCCAGCAUUGCAAACAACCCCGGCCAUGCAAGGAGCACCGGUACCUACGGUGCGAGCGUCAACGCCAGCAUUGCAUGUUCAAGAGUCAGCAACAGUGCAGUGCCAGCCCCAGCCUGCAACGACUCUUGUGGAGUCAGGCAUUGCCCCAGUGGCAGAGCCUGUGGAGAUGGUCAAAUCGGCCAAAGUGCCAGCUACCAUCGUGGCAUCAGAGUCGGCUAUAUCGCCUCCGCCUCAGCCAAAAGCAAGGUUUCAGGAGGAGAGCUUCCCAAUACGUUGGCCAGCAGGGACUUCAGGGAUUUCGACACCCACUUUGUCAAGACCUUCACUGGCUUGGACUUCGCCCAGUGCGCAAGUCAGUCCAGUUCCUUUGGCACCUUCUCCGACUACGCAGCAGCGUGGUGCUCGGGCUGAGGGAAGCCCUUCUGCAAGCAGAAGAUCAGAGCCACGUCUCACAGGCGUGAAGCUCGAGAGUGGCAGCUACAGCACAGGGACUCCGCUCACAACCCCACGGGAGAUGCUGGGCAUGGGGACCUAUACACCGCCACACUUCGAGAUGUUCAGCUCGAGCUCGCGUGAAAUGAGACCAUCAUCACCAACUGGAAGGCUUGGAGUGACAGUCAGGAACAUCUCUCCCCAAACUCGGGGUGUUGGUGGUGGCCUCCUGAUUUCGCCAUCUCCUUUGUCCUUCUCAAACAGACAGCCACCUGUGCCAAGGAGAUCCGGCUCGCCUUUGAGCCUUACCAAGGCUGACCCUGGCAGCAAGCCCUUGGCUUCACCCAUGACCCGGCAGCGGACCUUGCCCAGUUUGCCGCCUGAAAGGUCCAGCACCACCGUCCUUACUGCAAGGGGCCUGGAGGCUCAAGCACAAGCGUCAACACCAGAGCUGAUGACUGAGAAGCCUCCUGCACGUGCUGUGGGCGAGGCACGGUCUUCAGUUGAAAACCUUCAGCGGCGGCGCUGGAGACGCCCCUCCAAUCCAUCUUCCCAGACCCUAGACACAAAGGUGCUACCUAGCCGGCCUCCGGGUGUACCUGGUACUGCACAUCAUGAUGGCAACCAGCUUACGCCGGCCGCCUUCAGGUUGCAGGAAAAGCUGAGUUAUCUUGCUGAAGAGGGAACCAUCUCCCUUUGAGUCCAUGGCACAAAGGCGAGACGUGGGUUUUUGGACAAUACGAGUGGACACCGUUGCCAUUGUUUUUGAUCUUUCAGGCAUGGUUUCAGGUCCAAAACAUGUAUGAGUUAAACAUAGUUAAACAAACACCGUAGGUGUAUGGGUAGCAGUCCUUUUGUUUGCACUUGUCUGGGUCGAAUGCUUGUUUGCCUCAUCGUUUGACUGGCAUGGGCCUCGUGAAAGAUAUUUUGUUGCAAACAGAUUGAGAGGACUCACCCUCCACGAUUUUGUGCAUCGGGCAGGUGGCCAGUGACACCCAGCAACUUGCUUUGAGCUUUCAGGAUGAAGGAGACUUCUCAACCAGGAUUCCGUAGUUGGAUGCUCUCAAUGUUGUAAAUUGCGAG